AGUAGAUCUUCUGUCUGUCUCCUAGCAGCGGGCGGGCAGAUGAGGGCGCUGCUGGGGCAGGGCACUGGUUGCUGUUCUCACCGCUGGCAGAUGGUCUCCCCUACCAUAUGAUGAACUACUUGACAGAUACCAAAUGGCCUGUCUCUACAACUGACCCUACAGCCUGUCUGUGUGGGCCUUCUGCUUUUUUGUUUACUCCAACUGAGAGAUACCAUGUGUGACUAAAAUGUUUUCGAGGUAGUUUCACUUAAUGAGGUUAUGGGAGAGAAGGAACCAUGUCAGAAGAAGCUGUUAGUGAGACACACUUUUCUUUGAGGACAGCAGCUUUACGGGUAUUUGAUUUUCCCCUUUCCUGGUAUUAUUCUGUCAUCCAGGUAAAACUUUCUCCUGGGUUGAAGAAGCUGGUUGUAGUAACAGCAGUAAGUGCAGUUUCUGUAAUUUUUCUGGCACAUCAUUUUAAAAGAAAACGUGGAAAGAAAAACACAGAAGUGUCACCAUGGGAGCCAGGCCAUCUUGUAUUAGAAUGUACUAAAACAGCUGCAUCAGAAAAAGGUUCCAGUUGUUCCAGUAGCAGACAAAACUUGACUCUUUCCUUGAGUUCAGCCAAAGAAAAAGGAUCUCAGUCUUGUGUUUAUGCAAAUGGAGGACUUUUCAGUAAAUAUUCUGGUUCAGUACAAAGUUUGGCCUCGGUCCAAAGUGUCACCUCCUCUCACAGUUGUGCUUGUGCCAAUUCCAGUUCCUGGGACAAAGCAGAUGAAGAUAUUAAACUUGUAAAUAUUCCAGUGACCACACCUGAAAACUUAUACUUGAUGGGUAUGGAGCUUUUUGAAGAGGCACUACGUCGAUGGGAGCAGGCACUGACUUUCCGUAGCAGACAGGCUGAAGAUGAAGCAAAUUAUAGUUCCAUCAAACUAGGAGCAGGAGAUGCCAUUGCAGAAGAGAGUGUAGAAGAUAUCAUUAGUGCUGAAUUCAUUCAUAAGCUUGAAUCCCUGCUUCAAAGAGCUUAUCGUCUUCAGGAGGAGUUUGAGGCAACCCUUGGGGCAUCUGAUCCUUCUUCCCUAGCUAAUGAUAUUGAUAAAGAUACCGAUAUAACGGUGAAGAAUACUACAGAAGAUUUCUGUCUGCGAGAUACACUGAGCAUUGCAUCAACAGACUCCUUUGUUUCAGCAGCUGAGCUUACUGAACACAGAGAGAUCCGAAAUACCUAUGGUCUAGAGUCUCUUUGCCAUUGUCCAUUAUAUGAAGAAGCUAUGCACUUAGCAGAAGAGGGCAAAAUUUAUUCCAGAAUAUUAAGGACUGAAAUGUUGGAGUGUUUGGGGGACAGUGACUUUCUUGCUAAGCUUCACUGUAUUCGACAGGCUUUUCAGGUAAUUCUUUCAGAAACAGCUAACAGAGUAUUUCUUGCUGAGAGUGGAAGAAAAAUUUUGUCUGCUUUAAUUGUGAGAGCUCGAAAGAAUCCAAAGAAAUUUGAAGAGGUCUUUGAUGAAAUGAUACAUUUUUUAGAGCAAACAGACCACUGGGAUAAUACUGAAAUGGAACUUGCUGCCAGGGGGGUGAAAAAUCUAAAUUUUUACGACAUUGUUCUGGACUUUAUAUUAAUGGAUUCCUUUGAAGAUUUAGAGAAUCCACCCACAUCUAUUCAGAAUGUAGUAAACAACCGCUGGCUUAAUUCCUCUUUUAAAGAAACUGCUGUGGCUUCAAGCUGCUGGUCAGUACUGAAGCAAAAAAGGCAGCAAAUGAAGGUACCUGAUGGGUUUUUUGCACACUUCUAUGCCAUUUGUGAGCAUGUCAGUCCUGUUUUGGCAUGGGGCUUUUUGGGACCUAGAAACUCUCUUUAUGAUUUAUGCUGCUUCUUUAAGGAUCAAGUUCUUUACUUCCUCAAAGACAUUUUUGACUUUGAAAAGGUGCGAUAUUCAACUAUGGAAAAUUUAGCUGAAGAUCUUAUGCAAUUGCUAAUGCGUCGCACUGAACUUUUAAUGGCCUACCUUGGAGCCGAUUCACUAAGGCAUGUCAGUGAUUGCAUAAAUGGUCAUGGACACAUCAUGGCCAAUGGGCUUUUGGAAGAAAAAGUACAAUAAGCUUAAAAAAAAACCUAAAUUGAGUGCACCUUGCCUUUUUUCCCCCUCCAGUGCUGUCAUUGCUAUUUUUGAGCAAACAUCUGAAAAUGUAACUGUGUUGCUAAAUAUGGAAUGGACUCAGGGAGAUUAAAAAAAAAUUUUAGGAAAAGAACUGGUGAGCAUAUUACAGUAUAUAUACCUAAAUUAAAAAUCACAGCUCAGCUGUCUCUGUAUUUAUAUAUAAUGUACCCCAAAGUUUUUUUUCUGCAAUAUUUGGGUAAAAUUUAUUUAUAAAAUACUGUACAUUUGCCACAGAUAUUAUGUGAUAUGUGGUAUAUGGAGAUAUUAGAUGAGUUUGUCUUUAAACCUUAUUAUAUGAAAUGUUCAGUACAAACUCUGCAAUGUACUUUGUCUAGGAAGUGUUUCAGCCAAGGUAUACACGUCUUUCAACUUAUUAUGUGAUACACCUGCAAAAAAAAAGGAAAAAAAAAAAACUUUACAAAAUAUUUAACUACGCCCUAAAAUUGUGUUCGUGUAUGUAAGCAGUCAUUUUGUAUUGAAACAUAAUGGAGUAAAUGCAGUCACCAUUUGGGCAGGUGAAAAUAACAUGAAAAACUCAAUGCUAAUUGGUGUUGGCUUAAAAUAUGUAAAUACAUCAUCACUGAGGUUGACAUUUGAAAUCACUAGUGUGAGAUCACUAUUUGGUAUAUUCUAAAAGUAAUGACAGUUUUUUCAGGUUAAUUAAUUGGUUUAAAACUCAUCUUUCUAGGUUUUUAAAACAAUGCAGUUAUGAAUAAACUAGUAUAAUUCUUGGUUCAAAUGUAGCAUUUUAACUAUAUUUUAAAGUAAGGCUGUAUGAUAAAACCUAAAGACAUGUUGUUUCUCAAUUAAA